AUGUCCGGCGAAGCUUGGCUGUACCUGCUGGCGGUGCUCAUAAACGCCGUCAACCUGUUCCUGCAGGUCUUCUUCACCAUCAUGUACAGCGACUUGGAAUGUGACUACAUCAACCCGAUCGACCUCUGCAACCGCCUCAACACCUACAUCAUCCCCGAAGCCGCCGUUCACGCCUUCUUGACCUUUUUGUUCCUGAUCAAUGGAUACUGGAUGGCCCUGCUCCUGAACCUGCCAUUGUUGGGAUACAAUGCGAAGAAAAUCAUGGAAAACCAGCACUUGCUCGACGCCACGGAGAUCUUCAGGAAGCUGAACGUGCACAAGAAGGAGUCAUUCAUCAAGCUGGGCUUCCAUCUCGUCAUGUUCUUCUUCUACCUCUACAGCAUGAUCGUUGCCCUCAUUCGCGACGAGUCGCACUAA